CGGACAGUCGGAGCAAUUGCUCAAUUGUGUUCAGUUCGUUCGAAGAGGCGGUUACGGUUGCAAUUGGCCACCUUUUUCUCUAUCGCUUGGGUCAUUCAGUACAUUCCCGAAAUAAACAAGAAGCAGCAUCAUGAGCGGACAAUCGGCACUGAUGGCCAACCUGGCCGAUGUGGUCAAGGAGGCCAAGGAUGAGGAGAUCCCGAUGCCCAAGUCGAAUGACUUCUUCGAGUCCAAGACCUUCCGCCUACUCACCCUGAUGCUCUACAUGGGCGGCGUGAGCGGCAUGGGCCUGACACUGGCGGUCUACUACCUGUUCAUCUGGGACUCACGCAUGCCGCCGCUGCCCGUGUUCAAGCACACGCAUCCGAUUGGCUAGGAUCGGAUGGCUUUCAGUUAGUUGGCCAUCCAUCUCCCAGCGACAUCAGUGACCGGAAUUGGAUAAAAUUGUGAUACCCGAGAAAAUAGCCAUUCGCCUCCUAAACUCAUCGGAAGUGACCGCGGAGCAGUUCUACAAGCACAUCCUCGAGCAGUACCGCAUCCUCAGCCACAUGCAGCAGCAGCGCCAGCAACUGCUGC